AAAAAAUGGGUACUCCGUGCCACUCCCAGUCACAGCCUCCCAUGCCUUGCUCAGCUCCAACAUGGCAAAAAUCUCCGGCCCUACAGAGACUGCGCGGUGCAUUCAGUCUCUGAUUGCUGUUUUCCAGAAGUAUGCUGGAAAGGAUGGUUACAACUGCAAUCUCUCCAAGACGGAGUUCCUAAGCUUCAUGAAUACAGAGCUGGCUGCCUUUACAAAGAACCAGAAGGACCCCGGUGUCCUUGACCGCAUGAAGAAACUGGAUGUCAGCAGUGAUGGGCAGUUAGAUUUCCCAAAAUUUCUUAAUCUGAUUGGUGGCCUAGCUGUGGCUUGCCAUGACUCCUUCCUCAAGGCUGUCCCUUCCCAGAAGUGGACCUGAGGACCCCUUGGGCCUGGCCUUCAAACCCACCCCCUUUCCUUCCAGCCUUUCUGUCAUCAUCUCCUCCUCACAGCCCACAUGUCCCCUGAGCCCAGCAUACCUACCACAUCAUGCAGGCCCCACCUGUGGAUAGUAAUAAUACAAUGUCACUUUUUUAAAACAUGAAAAAAAAAGGUGGGUGAAGGACAUAAACAUAAAUUUCUCAAAAUUAGAUAUUUAUGUGGCCAUCAAUCAUAUGAAAAAGUGUUCAACAUCACUAAUCAUUACAGAAAUGCAAAUCAAAACCACACUAACCCAAUCGGAAUGGCUAUUAUUAAAAAGUCAAAAAAUAACAGAUGCUGGUGAGGUUGUGGAGAAAAGGGGAUGCUUAUACACUGCUGGUGGGAACGUAAACUAGUUCAAACACUGUGGAAAGCAGUUUGGAAAUUUCUCAGAGAACUUAAAACUGAACUACCAUUUGACCCAGCAACCCCAUUACUAGGUAUAUACCCAAAGGAAUAUAAAUUAGCCUACCAUAAAGACACAUGCACAUGUAUGUUCACUGCAGCACUAUUCACAAUAGCAAAUAGCAAAGACAUGGAAUCAACCUAAAUGCCAUCAAUAGUGGAACGGAUAAAGAAAAUGUGGUGGUACAUAUACCCCAUGAAUAUUACGCAGCCAUUAUAAAGAACAAGAUAAUGUCCUUUGCAGCAACAUGGAAGGAGUUAGAGGCCAGUAUGCUAAGUGAAUUAAUGCAGGAACGGAAAACUAAAUACUGUUGUGUUCUCACUUAUAAGCGAAGCUAAACACUGAGUACACAUGGACACAAAGAAGGGAACAACAGACACUGGGGCCUACUUGAGGGUAAAGGGUAUGAGGAGGGUGAAGAUUGAAUAACUGCGUAUUGAGUACUAUGCUUAUUACCUGGGUGCCAAAAUACUCCAUACACCAAACCCCCACUGCAUGCAAUUUACCUAUACAGCAAACCCACACAUGUAUCCCAUGAACCUAAAAUAGAAGUUGGAAGAAGAAAAAGUGUCAGCAGAAAAAUAGAACACAUAAAGAAAAGUCAAAAUUUUCAGAACUCAAAAAUAAAAUAAUCAAAAUAAAAAACCUUAAUGGAUGGCAGAAGAGGAGAAUGGCAGAGAUAGAAGAAAAUAACCAGUAAACUAGAAUACAGAAAAAUAGAAAUUACUCAAUCUGAGCAAAAGAGAAAAAUCAGAUGCUAACAGAAUAAACAAACAAAACAGCCCUAGGGACCUGUGGAACUUUAACAAAGGAUCCUACAUUCAUGUCACUGGAGUCUUGGAAGGAGACGGGAAAGAGGCAGGGCUGAAAAAGAAUUCAAGGAAAUAAUUACUGAGGCUGGUCCCGGUGGUUCAUGCCUGUAAUCCCAGCAGUUUGGGUGGCCAGGGCAGGCAGAUUGCUUGAGCCCAGGAGUUCGAGACCAGCCUGAGCAACAUAGUAAAACCCCAUGUCUACAAAAAAUUCAGAAAAAUUAGCCAGGUAUGGUGGUUGCACAUCUCAGGAGGCUGAGGUGGGCAGAUCCCUUGAUUCCAGGAGUCAGAGGUUGCAGUGAGCUGAGAUUUCACCACUGCACUCCAGCCUGGGCGACAGAGUGAGAUCCUGUCUCAAAAUAAAUAAAUAAAUACAUACAUAAAUAAACAAAAAAAGAAAGAAAAAGAAAUAAUGACUGGACUUCCCAUAUAUGGCAAAAGAUAUAAACCUAAAUAUUCAAGGAGCUGAGCAAAUCUCAAACAGAAAAAAUCUAAACAAAUCCACACUAAAACACAACAUACUUUAGAAAACAUUUGAACUUUGAACAUUAUACUUUGAUACACUUUUGAAGACUAAAUUUAAAAAAAUACUGAAACCAACAAGAGAGAAACAAAACCUUACCUAAAGGAGAAAAAGAAUUCAACUAACAGCAGAUUUCUCAUUAGAAACUAUGGAGGGCCAGAACAAAAUGGCACAACACUUGCCGAAUGCUGAAAGAAAGGAACUAUCGACCCAGAAUCCUAUCUCCAGCAAAAAUAUCCUUCAGUAAUGAAAAGAAACUGCAUUCUCUGAGUUAAGAAAAACUAAAAAAAUUUUUAAAAAAAUUUAAAAAUUAAACAAAAAAUGCACAAUGUGCACAUGUACCCUAAAACUUA